CGAAGAUACGGCGCCUCCGCCAGGCUGCCACGAUUCCUGGGCGUCUUAAGUACUCCGUACGGCCUGCUGUGGUGUGAAACUGUAGAUCAGCCCCUGGCGUCCCAAAGACCGAGCUCGAUCUUCAGGCGCCCAUUUAACUUGGGUUUAGGAGAUGCGUCGGUCUUUGAGUUGCAAGACAGACAUGCUCGAGGAGUCAUCAUCGCCACCAUGACCGACAUGAAGGGCACUGGUACCAUGACUGUUGACACGCCCGGCUCCAAACGUAUUCGGGUAUUGGGACAGAAGCAAUCCAAGUAUGGCUGUCGAACCUGCAAACAGCGCAAGAUUAAAUGCGAUGAAAGCCUCCCCACAUGCCAGCGAUGCUCUAGAUCCGGGCGCGCUUGUGGCGGCUACGAGCGGGUAUCACGUAGCAGAGUUGUGAACCACCACGCCCUUGUCAAGCUGGUCGGGAGCCCCCCAUGGACCCCUCCUUGGUAUCGACCUGAGCAGCAGCACAUGGUAGACUUGACUCUGGCGCUUUUCUCCUUGGAUCCUCAUCGAGUCUACAACAAGACCAGUCUCGAGUUCGCUUCUAUUCUUCUUCCCCAACUCGUCGCUACUCGUCCCUACGUCAAUGCCGCGGCUGGGGUUCUGGGCGCCGCCUACGACAAGUGCAUCCUUCGGCAGGCUCAUCACGAGGACCAACCUCUUAUCACCCGGCUCUCAUUGAAUGCCCUUCGACAGAUGCAGGAUGAGCUUCAACGACCAGAGCCCGAAAUGGUGCCGUUGAUGUUGACCGCGAUGCUGCUGGCCGGUGCCGAGAGUAUUCAACACAAGCACCAAGACGCACUAUGCCAUAUCUUAGGCGCUUUCACCAUCAACAAUCUCCAGAGCGAUUCAUCCCCUGGAUCUUGUGGAUCCACACCACCGGCACCGUUGACCCAUCAUGAUGUGUUUUCGAGUGCUAGUUCCUUCCAUGAUGUCUUGUCUCGUGUGGAUUAUCACAUCUCCAUGUUUGCAUGGGGUCGACCUCCUCAAUUUCCACCUCUACCAGUCACCACUCAGAUGCUGUAUCCUUCCACUGUUGAUGACCUUACUACAGGACAUGCUGCUCUUCAACAAUGGGGCCUACACUUUAUUGGCAAGGCCAUGACACCCGAUUGGGUAGAGCGCAUCGAUUUUCCUUCCGACUUGAUAGAGCAGCAAGACUACAUGGUCGCCUGGCUGAAUCGCUGGUUACAAACGUAUAACUCGGUGUUUGGUAAACGUGGCUCAAACUCGCCGAGGGUGGAGACAGCGCACUUGAAAAUUCUCAAAGCUCAAGUCCUUACCAUGUUGAUCGCCGCAGCAAAUAUCAAACCUCCCACUCAAGUCAGUUACGACUCAUACGCACCAGAGUUUGAAGAAAUUAUCCAGUGUGUUGAAGACGUGUUGAAUUCAAACGACAGCAACACUAACAGCCCAGCCGGCUCGCCUCAUAACCACAAGAGUCCUCUCCUCCCCUACUCACCUAUACCAGGCAUUAUUCACCCAUUGAACUUCACUGCACGCAAGUAUCGUGACUCGGUGUCACGUCGACGUGCGAUCGAUCUCCUCCGCCGUGCCGGUAUUGAAGGGCCAUUUCACGGUGUUUUUGAGGCUCGAGUGGCCACUCGGGUGGUCGAAAUCGAAGAAGAUCGCAAACCUUUCAAGCCCUUGCUAGCGCCACACGAAGUUUUGAAGCCGAGUGACAUCCCAGAUCGUAACCGCAUCUACAUCUCCUGUCUUGCAGAUGACGAAUCGGAGCUGCCACACGAAGGGAGACAGGACUGUCUCGACGUGAAUGCUCGAAGCAAUAACAUCGCCCGGCCAUGGCCUGUGAUCAAGUUCAUUCGCCGGAAGGGACUGGCGCCCACGUGGAGAAAGGUUAAAGAUGAGCGCACAACGCAGCACGUGGGAAAUAUAGCUGCUCAGGCUGAGGACGACAUGUGGGAUAUCUGGGAAGAAGUCGCGCAUGAAGCGUGGCCGGGGACUUAAUCAACGGCAUAACGGGUAUAGGAAUUUAGAGCGGGCAUUGAAUAGAGGGUCUCUUUUGGGAGCACAGACGGAGAAAAGAAAAGAGAUGGACUUGGGAAAUGUUUUGCCGACUUGAUACAUACUAUGUCGGCCGUCCAAAAUGUAUAUUUGUACAAAACGCUCCGUCUUGCACAUCAAGUGAAGAAAGACGGAAUCAUCCACUUUCUAGUUGAUUUAUUAGCAAUAGAGGCAGCCUCUGCCCUCUUAGUCUGGUACACACUCAAACAGUUCAUUAGCUCA